CGUCCGGAUGCAAAAAAAGGCAUUUUUUCAUCCGCGUGAGUAAAAUCCCGCAUUUCCUUGCUUUUAUGGCCAAAGAAUGUUGCUUUUUUGUCCGAGCUGCGGAAAUUUGCUGAUGGUUGAGGAAGAUUCUUUGUGCAACCGAUUUGCGUGUCGCAGUUGUCCCUACAUUUGCAAUAUUAAUCGCAAAUUUGCUUUCCGCACGUAUCCCAAAUUGAAGGAAGUUGAUCAUGUUAUGGGAGGAGCUGCUGCAUGGGAGAACGUAGAUUCCACAGAUGCUGUUUGUCCUCAAUGUGGUCAUAAGAGGGCUUAUUUUAUGCAAAUGCAAACAAGAUCGGCUGAUGAGCCUAUGACUACCUUCUACAAGUGCUGCAAUCAGCUUUGUGGGCACAACUGGAGGGAUUGA